AUGCUCGACUCGUACACGAAAGGUGUUCGCAAGCUCUUCAACUCCACGGAUGCUCCCACGUCGGUGAAGUGCAGGGUUGUGUUGGGCAACGACUUCAGAGCUCACUGCUACGGGACAGAUAUGGUUGAAAGGCUUAACAGCUUGUACACUGCUCGCCACCCAGCACGGGCCCCAGGCAGGAACUCCGUGAACGCCGAACGCGAGCACUUCCUGGACCAGCUAGCUAGUGAGCUUGCCAGUGUUCCAGUGGCGCUUGCAACAGAGCAGAAGUUCUUCGAGGGGGCGGUCGUGGUGCACAGGCCGAACCCGAACAUGUUGCCAGGCGCCGUCGAGACCAGUCGAGAUGAUGACGGCAACACGGGCAAGCUGGGCCUCAGCACGUACAUGCUCGCGAAGAACAGGCACCUCGCACAGGCGAAGGAGACCGCGAAGGAGUUCAAGCGCAUGUUCAAAUAUUGCGACCAGGAUGUCUAUUUGGACGCGUACAGGGAUUGGCAGCAUGGCCAAUCGGCAGCCCCCCGUGAAGAUGUGAAGCCAUAUGAAUUGGUGCGGGGGGGAGGCAGCCGCGCGAGCCCGUUCACGCCAGACGAACUGUGCAAUUACAUUAUUCAGAAUGGAUGGCCCAAGGACAGCGCAAUGUACGACGUGGACCUGGCCGAGAGGAGGGCCAAGCGUGAUUUCAGUACUCAAUUCUCGGAGGUUGAUGUGGUCGAUCCAUGGGGCGUGUCCCGAUCGCCGAGAAACGCGGACCGACCCAGGUCCAGAGUACCAGCCGCUUUCGACGUGGUGGAGAAGGGGCUGUUCAACUUCCUCGCGUCGGUUGGCGCAGGCAAGGGCGAGGGCGAUGCUUCGGACGUGAUGGUUGUCAUCUCGGGGAAGGCUGUUAGUGGGGGUGGCACGAAGCGCUACGCGAGCCUGAUCACCGACGUGACGUUCAGCCCCCGCGUGUUCGACGUGACCCUCAACGAGUUCGAGAGGCAGGCCGAUGAG